CCUCCAUCCCGCUCGCUCCUGCACACCGCCACCGCAGGCGUAAACAAACCGAUUUUGAAUCGGAAUCACUGAGAAAUAACACCCCGGAAACCACUGCCACUCAACCCCUCCAACAUGUCCGGCAAGGACGAUCGAUCCAAGGAGAAGCGCAGGAACAUGAAGCAGUACAGUCAUCACCACAAGAAGGAUCAAGGACGAUCCACCACCUCGUCGGGCUCGCCGCCGCCCACCUCGCGGCGCAGCAUGGUGGACGUGGCCGACUCCAGCGACGAGCCCAGGUUUGCCAGGCGCGGCAAUUGGCAAUCCGGCGGCGGAGGCGGCGCGGGUCGCUCCUCGCUGGCCCCGCAAAGGAACCGGGAUCUGCUGGACACCUUGCCCAGCGACACCGACGAUGUGGAGCAGCUGGGCCUGGACGGCGCACCCAUCGACGAGAAUGCCCGCGCUCAACUGCGUGCCGGCGACUUCCAGCAGCUGGCACAGUUCCCCAGUUUGGGCGGCGGUCACUUCACCUUCGGCUCGGAGCGCGAGUGGGCCAGCGUGGCCGAGGGCCAGACCAAGCUGCACACCAAGGCCGCCAGCGGCUACUUCACCCUGAACCUGAGCCGCCUGAAUGCGGGCCUGCAAACGAUUCCGUUCUACAAGCGCAUGGACUAUCCCGCCUCAAUGUUCACGCGGGCACAGAUUGUGGCCCAGGAGGAGGCCGCCGAACGGGCCGAGGCUGUUUACCAGCAGCACAUCUUGCGCGAAUCCAACGGCGGCUCCAAAUCCCGCGUGGCCUCAGCUAAGUCGAAUAAGGAGGCAGCGCCUGCAGCGACGGAGAAGCCAGCUUCGGCUGCCCCACCAGCUGAACCCGAUGAACUGGACGAGCUCCUGGCCAUGACCAACAAGCAACUUGAUAUGGGCUCCGGCAUGGGGCCCAUCACCAUGCCCAUGCCCAUGCCCAUGGUGCAGCCGGCCACGCCUUCCUCGGCGGCCAGCAAGAACGAGGUGGAGCAGUGGCUGGACUCCGUUUUGGAUGAGUAAAUAAUAAGGAUCUAUUGCUAGAAUGCAGGAUAAGAUUGAGCUUAUAGACGAGCACUAUCCGGAUUAAUUCCACUUAUGCUUACGCGAGAUAUUGCCCUUAGAGAGCAGAAUUGUUAUUAGUAUCACUUAAAACUAGUAAAUCCAUACAAAAGCUAGAGCUUUUUAUUAUACACAUUAAAAUCACCAAGUGCUUAGCUUGAAAGCAUAAA